AUGUCUGAUUUGCCUACCCAGCUUAAAGGCUCAGUGUACUUAGGUGUAGCAAAAAUGGUGGAGGAGCAUUGCCAGGAUCUUGGAAUUACUGCAAGCCCUUCUUUCGUUGCAUCUCUAGUCGAAUUGGUAUACAAUCAAAUUUUACUACUAGGUGAAGAUUUGGAGCUUUUUGCUGAACAUGCUGGAAGAUCAACUAUCAACACUUCUGACAUGUACAUGAUCACACGCAAGAAUGAGAUCCUCGCCACUGCAUUGAAAGAAUAUGAAAAAAACUUGAAGCGUUGA